AUGUUAAAUCGCACUCAGAGCUUUCAGAAUUGCAGAGAAACUGACGUCCCAGGUUAUAAUGAUUGUCCUAACUUCAUAUAUCCUUCCAAGGGUGCAUCUGGGGCUAGGAAGGCGCGCUUUUCAGUAGAAGAUACCUGUGGCAACACGAAGCCUGCAGUAGCACCGCCCCCACCGGUAAGGCGUGUGAAAUCACAGCAAGAGACGGCGACGCCACUCAAAGGAAAGAGCGAGUUACUGGAAGAAUUAGAUAGACUAUUCGCACGCAACUCCAACUUGCCUCCUGCGGAGUUUCAGUAUCACAAAAACAAAGUGCUCACGAAUAUAGAUCAAAGCCUAAGUCAUGACCAUGGCUGCCAAGUUAUGAGUCGGGCAAUGACCUGCAUCGGGGAAAAAGAACAACUCAAAAAGGUGAUUAUGGAAUGGAUGAUGUCGGACACUUCAACUAGCAAGUGGUGCCCAUCUUUCUUGAAAAUAGCGGGAAACGUAGCUUUAUAG